GAAGUUAUGAUAAAAAUGUACGACUUCCAAGGAAACCCCAAGAAGUCUGGAGGAGAUGUCUUACUUGCCCGAUUGCACAACAGGGCACUUGAAGCAGGUGUGGCUGGACGAGUGGUGGAUCACCUUAAUGGCUCCUACUCUGCUGUAUUCCCUUUACUCUGGGAAGGAAGUGCACAGGUUGAGGUAACGCUUGUCCACUCAAGCGAGGCUGUCACAGUUCUGCACAGGCUGAAUAGAGAACAUCCUGAAAGGGUUCUCUUUAAAAGCCUCUUCCGCUCAGGUUCAAUCUCUGAAACUGCCUCCUGUAACGUUUGCCUACGUCAAACCAACCAGCCACAGUGCAACUACACUGACCUCCGUACAGGCGAGCCUUGGUUCUGCUACAAGCCAAAGAAACUGAGCUGUGAUGACAGGAUUAAUCACAUGAGAGCCGGAUUCAAUGUAAGACUCAAGGACAAAGAGGAGAAGCUUUUCCAAAGCAAAAUCAACCUGAAAGUCUUCAUUCACUCUUCAGGACCAGCCAAUGUUACUGUGCUGCCUCCAAGGAAAGGUUUGCUCUGCAAGUGCUCAUUCCGCUUUAUCCAAAUCCACCAGGAUGUUGCCUCUGCCUGCUUGGUGAUGUUGGCUAUCAGCCGUUUCCUAGCCUGGCCUUCAAUUCCAAGCAGUCCCAGAGCUCUCCAGAGCGACUGCCCUGCGAAGCCCCCUGCAAGGAUGAGAUUCUGA